AUGUACUAUUUCGCCGUCCUCUCCGGCGCCGGGAUUGCUUUGACUUUCGCCUGGAGUUGCGGGAAAAAUCGCCGAAAUUCGCUGAAAAAACGAAUCCCCAAAGCACUGUCAAUAAGUAAUAGAUCCAAAAAGUCGAAGAAAUCAGCCAGAACUCCAUCACAAGGACAAAGCGAUCGGAAGAAUGUGCCGGGUGGAUUCGGAUCGGUGAAAUCUUCGAAUCGAGUGAAGAAAACCACGAGAAAAGAGAGGGAUGAGAAGAAGGAGAGGAAACAAAAGAGUUCGAAGGGCCAGCGGAACAAUGGAGAUCGGAGUAAAAGGUAAUAUGGAAGAAAUUAUGGUAAAAUCUCGCUUCUAGUUCGAAAAAAAUCAAGACCCAAAGCUUUGGCGAAUUCUUUGAUACGCAUUUUUUGAUUGUAAAAUACUUUUUUGAUGUAAAAUACAAAAAUUAAAAACGGUCUUUAUAGCGGAGAGACCAUGGGAAAUGAGGAGAGACGGUCAGAGAAAAGAUUUUUUGAGUGUUUCUUCCAUAAGUUUUCGGAGAGAUAGUCGAUUUUUUGUUGGGCCAAAUGACUUCAUAACUAUUUCAUAAGCAUAUAAAAAAUAGUUUUUUUCUCCGAAAAAGUUGCUUCUUCAGCCGCCGUUCAUCAAACUCAUCCUCCAAAUCCAAUAAGUCCCAAUCAUCCCAAAAAUCGGCCCGCAAGUUGCGACGUUCCAAGUCCAAUGGAAAUGACAUUAGUGGCAAAGAUGACGGUGAAAAAUCGGCUUCUACAAGCCAGAAAUCACAAGACAAAACGGAGAAAGAUUUCAGUGGAAGAAGUUGGAGAAAGUCGCUGCAAGAUAACGAUGACUCGUAAGUCCAACUUUGGAAUUUCAUGAAUUAAAAUUUAAAUUUUAGAUCCAAACAGAUGGUUGCACCUACAAGACAGCAUGAAGUUGACAUUGAUGAGGACGAUCGGAGUAUGAAACCGCAGAAGCCAAAGCUCAAAAAACGAUCCAAAUUGUCGAAGAAGCCCGAAAAGUCAGACACUUCGAAGAAGGAUGAAAAAAGUAUUAAAAAGUAGGGAAGUUGAAAUUUUAUAAUUGAAAUUAAACGAAAAACUAGGCUUAUAGCCAAUUUAAUUAAUGAUUUUUGAUCAAAAACAAACCCAAAAAUCCUAGGGUACUGUAAAUUUUGGAAAAGUUUUGAUGACUUUUUCGCACAAAAAAAUAGAAAAUAUAAUAGAAUAAAUACAAAAAGAAACGCAAUAAUAAAAAAUUAUCGUCAAAAUUUUUGGAUUUGCUAACAUUUAACCUUAGGGCAGCUCCGACCGCAUCAGGAACGGUAGUGGUUGAACCGGAACAGGCGGAACAACAGAAGGACCCACAUGUCGACGGAGUCAUCAGCCAGCGAUUCAAAAUUUCGUCUGACAGUCUGAUUACGGUGAGAAUUCGUUUUAUACAAAAAAAUAAAAAAAAAAUCAAAAGUCGAUUUUUUUUGUUUUGUUGCAACAAAUUGUUGUAAAAUACGAUGUAGUCUCUGUCCGCCAACUUUAUUUCGUACCCACAAUUUUUUAAUAAUUUUUCAAUUUGAAAUGUUCAGCCAACUCCGACCAAAGCCUCGGAUAGCAGCACCUCAUCCGCGAAGCCGGCUCAGCCUCUGAAAACCAUCGCCAAUGCUCCAAAUCCAAUGAAGAAUCAGGCCGGAACGAAUACGUCAUCCAUAAGCAAGAAGAAUGAGAGUGUGGGAACAAAGAAGUUGAGAUAUAGGCAAAUCCCGUAAGGAAAAUUUCAAACAAUCCUAAAAAAAAUUUUUUUAAAGAUUAGAAAAGCCGCAAAAAAUAAACUACUAUUUUAAAAAAAUCAAAACAUUAUAAACUUAAUUUUUUUAAUUUCAGCUCAAGAGGAAAACGAACUUUACAUGCCCCAAAGAAAUCCAAAUUCCGUUGGUUCAGAUCGAAAGCGGCCAAAGAAAAGACGUAG